AUGAAGCAAAGGAAAGUUCAAGUUCCCGCUGUUGUUGACUGGAAUUGGAUUGAACAAACUGGUUUGUUGGAAGGACUUGAGCCAUUCUUGGAAAAAUCUUUUGCGGGGGUACAUGGGCCAUUUAUAUGCAUGGGAUGGCGGAGAUUAUUCCAAAUUCAAGAAGUGGUUUAUAAGGAGUUGGUGGUUGAGAACUUGGCUAUAGUUUCAUUCCGACGUAAGAUCGGUGCAUUGGAGAAAAAGAAUAUCACAUUUUGCCUUAAGGGGGAAAGGCGAGAGCUUAACCUCACCGAUUUGGCGUUAAGGACGGAAAUUUAUCUUUCGUCCGAGGUGCACACAGAUUAUUACAUGGAGUUUAUCACGGGUAGCAUCAAACUUACUGAAGGAUUUAAGGCCGAAUAA